UGGGCGGGGAAAGAACGGAAGCUCUUAACCUCCCCGGGCCUUCUCAGCUCCUGGUUUGGGGGAGGGGAGAAGAGGGCGGCGGGAGCUUUCUAGGCGCUGCUUGGUGGGCUCGGGAGAGGGCGAAAGGAGGGGCGGCGGCCAGCGAGUCUGGGCCUUCCCGGGGCUGAGCGCCGGGAGGGUGGAGUUAGGAGCAUGGCAGCCCUGUCGCUCUUCCUUUCUGCCUUCCCUGUGUGCACUCAGAUGCGUCCUUUUUUUGGAGUCGGUCCCCAGUCAGAGGAGUGACUCUCACAGUCGCAGCCCUCUUUUUCCAGCGGCAGGACCCCGGGACGUUUACCUUCUGGGCAACUUGUCGGACGAUCUGUGCCCGACUUGAUAGUUUGGGACUGUCGUGCAUCUGCUUUCCAGUUUUGUCUGAAAGGAAACUACCAAAGUUCCUGUGGAAGUAAAGUAGAAUUUCAUAAGAACAUAAUGGAUGGAGAAGAGAAAACCUAUGGUGGGUGUGAAGGCCCUGAUGCCAUGUAUGUCAAAUUGAUAUCUUCGGAUGGUCAUGAAUUUAUUGUAAAAAGAGAACAUGCACUAACAUCCGGAACAAUAAAAGCCAUGUUGAGUGGCCCAGGUCAGUUUGCUGAGAAUGAAACUAAUGAAGUCAAUUUUAGAGAGAUACCUUCACAUGUACUAUCAAAAGUAUGCAUGUAUUUUACCUACAAGGUUCGCUACACUAACAGCUCCACAGAGAUUCCUGAAUUCCCAAUUGCACCUGAAAUUGCACUGGAACUGCUGAUGGCUGCGAACUUCCUAGAUUGUUAAAUAAAAUAAAUUAUAAUAAACUGUUAACUUUUUUCAGUAUUUAA